AUGAACCGGCCCAUUCAAGUGAAGCCAGCAGACAGCGAGGGCAGAGGGGGUAAGAGACAGCUGUUCAUAGCAACACCCGUUCAAACAACACCUGAAGAGAAAUGCAACUGUUCUAACAACACCUUUCCAAAACACCUGUCUAAUGUAUUACCUUUUUGAAACAACAAACUGAUGUUUCAAGACAAAACCCUGAAACGGCUUCAGCCCAGCUUCAACAAAAAUACCCACUCAUCACUGCUGCUAAGCAACACCUGUUUCUAAACAACACCUCUUUCCCAUCCCCCAAAUAUUCAAGUAGCAGCAUUCUUAAGUGCCUGACUAAAGAAAGUAAAUAUAAUAACGAUUUCAACUGCUGUUUUCAUUACCUCAAAGACAUUGUCACCUAGCAUACCGAACAGUGGAUGACGAAGGAGCAUUCCAGUCAGAGCCAGAUCAUGCUCUUUGUGCAGCAGGUUUAUUGAUACUGCACUCUGGUGGCCUUUUCCAUAUAUAGCAGGGUUAUAGCGCAAUAGUCACAGACACAAUAUACUAUUUAUUGUAACUACAUCCAAUAAAAAAAUUAGCUGAUCGAUUAACACGUUGGGUUUAUAAAGUAAAACAAGGUGCAAAUUCCUGAGCAUGUUCUUGUGUUAUAUGAUAGCUUUUCCUCUUCACCUACAUUUGAUAAUUUUUCUCUCCUUUCUCAAUCAUUCAAUCAUUCCAUUUUAAUCCAUGCCCUUUGCCUCUACCUAUUCUUGGCCUCAACCAACCACUCUCUCUCUGUUCUUCCCUCCAUCACUCUCUGUCCAUAUUCCUCUCUCUUCGUUCCUGUCUUGGCCCUUCACCUCACCUUCCCCUUAGAAGACAGGAAGCUGUUUGUGGGCAUGCUGGGGAAGCAGCAGUCUGAUGCCGACGUGAGGAAGAUGUUUGAGGCGUUUGGGAGCAUUGAAGAGUGCACAGUGCUCCGCGGGCCUGACGGCACUAGCAAAGGUAGCUAACACCAUUACUGCAACACUGACCGCUACAACGUCUAGCUUUACAUCACCAGCACUAAUAUUACCAUUAAGGUCAGAAAUCAGUCACAUCUAAACUCGUGACACUACAAAGAUAGAUGCUUAAUUUUCUGUCUUUGUUGUAUGAGGCAUGACUAAUGUUUUUAUUUUAUUUAUUAUUUAACUCUUAUUUUACCAGGUAAGUUGACUGAGAACACAUGCUCAUUUACAGCAACAACCUGGGGAAUAUAAUGAUGCAAUAUGUUUUAUAGGUCAUAGUUAAUAAUGCUCAAUGCGGUUUAUGAGCUAUGAUUGAUGAAGCAAUUAAUGUUUUGUGGACCACAGUUAAUGACGCAGCUAUAACUAAUGAAGCGCCGAACGUCUGGUGCAUUUUGUAGGGAUAUGUUGUGUCACGUGAGGGGGGCCAGGGUUUUACAAUGUGUCAUGUGUUGUAGGCUGUGCCUUCGUGAAGUACCAGAACAACACAGAGGCUGCGGCAGCCAUCAGCACUCUGCAUGGGAGCCGUACUCUACCGGUCAGUCUCUCUCAAUCUCACUCUCACACACACACACACACACACAGUAAUUUAGACACUUAACAUAGUGACUCAUCAACAGUGAAACGCUGCUACUGUCAGACCUCCUCCUACACAAACACUCCAUAGCCUAUUGUAAUUUAUAGGAGUGGAGAAAAUAUUUGUGGAAUGCCCUCCUCAGUCCUCGUGUUAGUGAUAUAGGUAAUUUGGUACAGUGAUGUGUGUAAUUUUCACUGUGUAACAUCUGUAAUAUCCCUCUCUCUCCCUGCAGGGUGCCUCCUCCAGCCUGGUGGUGAAGUUCGCCGACUCUGAGAAAGAACGAGGGAUAAGGCGCAUGCAGCAGGUGGCGUCCCAGCUGGGGGUCAUCAGUCCCAUGACAUUACACCUCGGGGCUUACAAUGCCUACACACAGGUAGUGAGUACUAGUAGUACUGAACCCCAAACACAGGCAUUAUGCAGAGAUUGGAAUACACAGGCGAACACACUGGUAGUAAAUGGCUAUGUCGCAAAUGGCACCCUAUUUCUUAUAUGGGUCAAAAGUAGUGCACUACAGUGCAUUCGGAAAGUAUUCAGACCCCUUGACUUUUUCCACAUUUUGUUAAGUUACAGCCUUAUUCUAAAAAAAAAUACUAAUCAAUCUACACACAAUACCCCAUAAUGAGAAAGCGAAAACAGGUUUUUAGAAAUGUUUACAAAUGUAUCAAAAAUUAAAAACGUAUUCAGACCUUUUACUAUGAGCCUUGAAAUUGAGCUCAGGUGCAUUCUGUUUCCAUUGAUCAUCCUUGAGAUGUUUCUACAACUUAAUUGGAGUCCACCUGUGGUAAAUUCAAUUGAUUGGACAUGAUUUGGAAAGGCACACACCUAUCUAUAUAAGGUCCCACAGUAGACAAUGCAUGUCAGAGCAAAAACCAAGCCAUGAGGUCAAAGGAAUUGUCCGUAGAGCUCCGAGACAGGAUUGUGUCGAGGCACAGAUCCGGGGAAGGAUACCAAAACAUUUAUACAGCAUUGAAGGUCCCCAAAAACACAGUGGCCUCCAUCAUUCUUAAAUAGAAGAAGUUUGGAACCACCAAGACUCUUCCUAGAGCUGGCCGCCCGGCCAAACUGAGUAAUUGGGGGAGAAGGGCCUUGGUCAGGGAGGUGACCAAGAACCCGAUGGUCACUCUGACAGAGCUCCAGAGUUCCUCUGUGGAGAUGGGAGAACCUUCCAGAAGGACAACCAUAUUUGCAGCACUCCACCAAUCAGGCCUUUAUGGUAGAGUGGCCAGACUCCGCCUGGAGUUUGCCAAAAGGCACCUAAAGGACUUUCAGACCAUGUGAAACAAGAUUCUCUGGUCUGAUGAAACCUCUUUGGCCUGAAUGCCAAGCGUCACGUCUGGAGGAAACCUGGCACCAUCCCUACGGUGAAGCAUGGUGGUGUCAGCAUCAUGAUGUGGGGAUGUUUUUCAGCGGCAGGGACUGGGAGUCAGGAUCGAGGGAAAGAUGAACGGAGCAAAGUACAGAGAGAUCCUUGAUGAAAACCUGCUCCAGAGUGCUCAGGACCUCAGACUGGGGCAACGGUUCACCUUCCAACAGGACAACGACCCUAAGCACAAAGCCAAGACAACGCAGGAGUGGCAUCGGGACAAGUCUCUGAAUGUCCUUGAGUGGCCCAGCUAGAGCCUGGACUUGAACCCGAUCGAACAUCUCUGGAGAGACCUGAAAAUAGCUGUGCAGUGACGCUUUCCAUCCAACAUGACAGAGCUUGAGAGGAUCUGCAGAGAAGAAUGGGAGAAACUCCCCAAAUACAGGUGUGCCAAGCUUGUAGCGUCAUACCCAAGAAGACUCGAGGCUGUAAUUGCUGUCAAAGGUGCUUCAACAAAGUACUGAGUAAAGGGUCUGAAUACUUAUGUAAAUGUGAUAUCAGUUUUUUUUUUUUAAUACAUUUGCCAACAUUUCGAAACCUGUUUUUGCUUUGUCAUUAUGGGGUAUUGUGUGUAGAUUGAUGAGGGGAAAAAAACAAUUUCAUCAAUUUUAGAAUAAGGCUGUAACGUAACAAAAUGUGGGAAAAGUCAAGGUCUGAAUACUUUCCAAAUGGGAAUAGGGUGCCAUUUGGGAAGCAUACUGACAGUGAAUGAGAUCGAAGGACUCACUCUCUCUCUCUUUCUUCCUUGUAGCUGGUGCAACAGCAGGCUCUGGUGGCCCAGUCGGCGUACUUGUCUCCUGUAUCCACUAUCACCAUGCAGCAGUUGUCUGCCCUCAACCCCAGCAGCCUUAUUGCCACGCCCAUCGCAUCACUCACUACCUCAGGUAAUAAGAAGCUGCCAUCCUCCGCCACUUCAUCCCCUCCCACAGGAUUCUCUGCUCUGCUCAUCUCACAGUUUCUCUUUAUUCUUUAUACAGUAUAUAUCUCGUUUUUCUAGAGUCUUUGCCCCAUAUAUUUCUGCCUUUGAUUCUAUUUUAUUGCGUUUGUUAUUGUGUUUGUUUGACCAUGUCUGUCUGUCCCCUGGAUGGUCGUCCUGUGCAGGUACCAGCACUCCGCCCACCAUGGCAGCCACAACAGUGCCUGCUCUGCCUCCACCACUCAGCUACCCUCCAGUGCCAGCUCCACUCAAUGGACAGUCAGCAUCUGAAACCCUGUACACCAAUGGAAUCCAUUCUUACCAAGGUAUCUCACUCAAUCUGAUGGAAGCAAGGUCAGAGGAUCAUUAUGAAUAUGUAAUCAAAUUAACCUUAUCUAGGAUUUUGGUUUGUUUACUAAGAAUCCUGUUGUACGGCACCCAAUGCUAUUUGGAGCAUGUAACCAUCCUCAAAAAGCAUGUUUGUACAGCAGUUGAUAAAUCAUGCUGUUAUUUUUCUCUUUGAUUCUCUCUCUCAGCUCAGAGUCCAGUUUUAGAUCCUCUUCAGCAAGCAUACGCAGGGAUGCAGCACUACACAGGUGGGGCAGUAGUGAGUCCGUUUGAGUCCUUAAAAUUUCCCGGAGGGAAUUUUAGGUUUGAAAUGCCCUCUCAACAGUCCUUAAUGUUUACUUAUGCAAACACACCCACAGCAACCUACCCUGCUGCCUAUGGAAUGGUGGGGCAGCCAUUCCCACACCAACACACAAUGCUUGCACAGCAACAUCAGCAGCCUCAGCAACUGCAGCAACGAGAAGGUGAUUUCUACCUACUUGUCCUCCCUCCUAUGAAUUCUCACUUUUGACUAUUUUCAAUGUUGGUUUCCCACAAAGUUUACACUGCCUCAAUCACUACCUCAUCCUGAUCAUCUCAAGUCACGUUAGAACCCUCAGGGAGCCUUGAUGGUCUAACCUUCCACUGUAUUCUUCUUCUUCUUAGGUCCUGAGGGGUGUAACAUCUUCAUUUAUCACCUGCCUCAGGAGUUCACUGACUCAGAGAUGCUGCAAAUGUUCAUCCCCUUCGGCAACGUCAUCUCAGCAAAGGUCUUUGUUGACCGUGCAACCAAUCAGAGCAAGUGCUUUGGUGAGUGAUGAUGAUGACAACGAGUGCGUCCAAAAUGACACGCUAUACCCUAUGUAGUACACUACUUUUGACCAGGGCCCAUAGGGAAUAAUGUGCCACAUUGGGAACACAGUCAAUGAUGAUAAUGAGGAGGCAGUGCUGGGAAGGAUUGCUCCCUUCUUGUAGUAUUAAUACUUUCACAGAAUUGUCUAUAACUGUUUGCUUCUCUUCAGGUUUUGUGAGUUUUGACAACCCGUCCAGUGCACAGACGGCAAUUCAGGCCAUGAAUGGUUUCCAGAUUGGCAUGAAGAGGCUCAAGGUGCAGCUUAAGAGGCCCAAGGAUGCCAACCGACCCUACUAA